GAUUUUAGAAUCAGGGACAAUGGAUUUCUACUGAGCUGAAUAGCAGCGGUUGCUCAAUCGCGAUCAAAGACUUUCUUGAAUCGAUCAAUCAUCGAUCGAUAGAAUUCAAUAUAUAAACCAAAACAAUAUGUAUAGUCGGAUUCCGAUGUACAGAGGGUUCCGAUUGCGGCAGCGGUUCGGCACCACCGGCUCCUCCAUUCUGAGCUAUUUUGCAGCUCCUCAGUUGAGAAGAAAAGCUCAGAAUUCAUGGGCUGCGGUCCAGGAUACGUAUUUUUCUACCAAGGACAUAUUUGAGAACCAUAAAGUCGUGUUUACAGUAUCUACUUCAAUUGCAUCUGUUGCAACAGCAUGGGCUGGUUAUUUAUUACGCGAAUAUCAUCAAUCAAGAAUUGACCAGCGGCUUGAUUCUAUAGAAAAAUCUGUGAAAACAAAGUAUGAUAUCAAUGAUCCGGAGUUUAAGAAGCUUGUUUCAGGCGGCAUCAGCGUUCCAGCAUGUGUUGCAACUGCUGGAACUACUAUGAUUAUUGGCUACGGCUUGGGUUGGCGAGGAGGAAAGUGGUUUGCAAACAAGAAGUUCAAAAGGGAGCAGAUGAAACUAUUGGGUCAAAUAAAACCCAGAAGGUGGCCGCUUAGGUUACCCCUAUCCAGAUUAAGGCUGCGAGGGAGCAGUGGUGCUAAUGCUCCAGAAACACCGCCGGCAUCUGGUUUUACAGCCGCAAAAAGUUCAGGACCAGCCUGUAAUUGCUCUCAAAACAGAGUGUAAAAAUAAAGGCUUCGUUCUUCUCUUGCUGGCCGAUUGUCGAAAGAUUAGCCGAUUAGGUAACCCCUUAUUUUGUCUAUAUCAAAACGUUGUAAUCUUACCAUCUCUACUGGAAAUAGUAGUGUUGAACAGAUUUUUCUUAUCAUUGUUGUCGGAUUAAAUGUAAUCUUCUUAAAAAAAAAUAGACAUGUACUACUGGUUGUUAAGCAAUU